AUGCCCGUGGCCGGACUCCCGCUCGUGCUCAUGCUUGUGCACAUGCGGUAUUUGGCGGAGAAAAACGGCGAUUUGCACGAGGAGCUGCAGCGGCCACAUAUCUGCAGCAGACGGUUCUGGCUCGACCUCUGGAACAUUCUGUUCUGGCAGCUCGACGCGCUCGGCGUGCUCGGUGCUGCGCUCGUGAUCGGCCUAUUUCUCACGCCGUUCACCUUGGCCGGCGGAGAAGACCAGCAAUGGCGCACGGCCAAGGUGAUUGUCCCGCUCGUGCUCAGCGGCGUGCUGCUCCCGUUCGUGGUUGUAUGGGAAAGCAAGUACGCCUCGCACCCGAUUCUGACCCGCGAGAUCGUCAAACACCGCUCUGUGGUUCCCGCACUCGUGAUCGGCUUCUGGUCCAGCGUCGCCUGGGAACUGGAAGGUGAGUACCUCUACACGGUGCUGGUGGUGGCGUUCCACCAAAGCGUCAAGGCGGCGACACGGAUAGCAAAAAUGAGACUCAUCAUGUUUGCCGGAAUAGGCAUCUCUUUCAUCGCGUACGGCCUCAUGUACAGGUACCGGACGGGCGAGGAGUACGUGGGGGGUAUGAUUGCCGGCCAGGUGCUUUUGGGAAUCGGCUCCGCCGGCUACACGCACCAGGUCAGAGUGUCGUUGCAAUCGUACGUCAACCACGAGUAUCUGGCCAACAUCACGGCGCUGUACUCGGCAAUGACGAGCCUGGGCUCUGCUGUGGGGUCGUCCAUUGCAGGCGCAAUCUGGACGCAGGUUCUGCCCGGCCAGAUCGCUAAAAAAAUGCAAAACCCUCAGAUGGCAGCACUGGCGUACGAGGCUCCGUUGAAAUUUAUCACGAAGCACGCGUGGGGCAGCGAGGCCAGGGCACAGCUGGUCAGCUCCUACGACUACGUGCAGCGCAUAUUUCUGAUCAUUGCGCUGUGUUUCUGCGUACCAAUUCUGGCGUUGCUGUUUUUGAUUGAGGAUCCAAAACUCAAGAGUGUCACGUCGCUAGAACUGGAGGAAAAGGAAAAUUGA